AUAACAGAACAUAAGGAAAAUGCAAUCUAUAGAGAGAGAGAAAGAGAGAAUCAUAUAGUUUGAGACGAUUAUUUGAUUCGGUUUUCGGAAUCUCGCCGGUAAAUUUUUGACGCCGGAGAUUUCGAGUUCGCCGGCGAUCAAUUUUUGUUUGAUCGGAGACGGAUUUUUUUUCUGACGGUAAUAGGAUGGUGAAUUUUUUGGUGGAACGAGCGACGAGCGAUAUGCUCAUGGGUCCUGAUUGGGCAAUGAAUGUCGAGAUCUGCGAUAUAUGCAGUCGCGAUCCAGCGCAAGCGAAAGAUGUUGUGAAAGGAAUAAAAAAGCGUCUUGGGAGUAGGAAAUCGAAAGUCCAGCUACUCGCCCUGACACUGUUGGAAGCAAUUGUGAAGAAUUGUGGAGACAUUGUGCAUAUGCAUGUUGCUGAGAAAGGUCUUCUUCAUCAGAUGGUGAAAAUGGUAAAGAAGAAGCCCGACUUUCAUGUCAAGGAAAAGAUAUUAAUUUCGAUAGACACUUGGCAAGAAGCUUUUGGAGGACCCAGGGCGAGAUACCCCCAAUAUUAUGGAGCCUACCAAGAGUUGUUGCACCUUGGAGCAGUAUUCCCUCAGAGAUCAGCACCUGUGUUGGCAUCUCCCAAAACACAUCCACAGGCAUCUGAUCCACAUAAUCUUCAGAAGCCUGAAUCUGGAAAGGAUGCAGCUGAGUCUUCAGCAGAUGCUGAGUAUCCCACCUUGAGCUUGACGGAGAUCCAGAAUGCACGUGGUAUUAUGGAUGUCCUUGUUGAAAUGCUGAAUGCAUUAGGUCCUGAAAACAAAGAGGGACUCAGACAGGAUGUCAUUGUUGAUUUGGUGGAACAAUGCCGUACCUACAAGCAGAGAUUGGUACACCUUGUGAACUCGACUACGGAUGAGUCACUGCUAUGCCAAGGACUAGCACUGAAUGAUGACUUACAGCGUCUAUUGGCCAAACAUGAAGCUAUUGCAUCGGGAACUUCUGUUAAAGGUGAAGCAUCAAAAUCUGAACCUGUUGGAUCCCUUGUAGAUGUUGAUAGUCCUCUUAUUGAUACUGGAACCAGCAACAAGUCAGACCAAGGAUCUGCAUCAAGUGCCUUAGGGACACAGUUGCUUCUUCCUGCUCCUCCAUCGGCUAAUGGUCAAUCAACGACUCCAACAAAAGUUGUCCCUAUGAUAGAUCUUCUGAGUGGAAUUGACUUUGGCUCACCAACAGCUGAGGAUGCUCUUGCGCUUGUUCCUGUUGGAGAACCUCAGCCAGCAAGUCCUUCACAGCAGAAUGCCGUUGCUAUUCUCGACAUGUUUUCACAGCCAAGCACCACACCCUCUACAAAUUCAGUUGGUCAGGCACAUCCUUCAUCCCCUCAAUUUCAGCAGCAACCGAAUUUUCAUUCUGUACAACCAUCUUUGUACCCAAAUGGAAGUGUCCCUGGUAUGAGCUACGCUCAAGGCUCCACUCCUGCCUGGAAUGAGCAGAUGUCGCAGCAACAACAGCCUGCUUCUCCAGUCUACGGAACUCAAAGCACUAAUCCUUUUGCCCUUCCUCCGUGGGAAACUGAGGCAGAAGACAAUCAAAUAAUGGGUAGCCCUCAUGCUCAGCCUGUGCUAAAUAAUCCAUCGAUGCCAGGUAGUUCACAAGCUCUAGUAAUGCACAAUAAUCAGGUGAUGCCUGGCAGUUCACAUGAUAUGUCAAUGCAAAAUAAUCAGCUGGUAGCAGCCAACGGCCAGCAACUAGCCGGCGGUACAUACCUCCACAGCAUGUAUGCUCUGCCAAACACUGCUGGACAGCCUGGUAUGAUUAACAAUCAGGCCAUGCAAAGUAACCAGAUGGAAGGCUUGCAUCCUCAACAAUUCCAAGGUGGACAGCCAGGUAUGAUGAACAAUCAGGCUAUGCAAAGCAAUCAGAUGAACGGCUUGCAUCCUCAACAAUUCCAAGGUGGACAGCCAGGUAUGAUGAACAAUCAGGCCAUGCAAAGCAAUCAGAUGGGAGGCUUGCAUCCUCAACAACAAUUCCAAGGUGGACAGCCAGCGGGUUUGUUUCCACAACAGAUGCCAUCUGGGCACAUGGCUUAUAUGUAUUCCCAGCAAAUGUAUGGCAACCAAAUGGCUAGCUACGGUUAUGGUAAUGCUCAACAACAAAAUACUCAGUUCCUAAACCGAGGAAUGUCUGGGCUCUUUAUAAGGGACAACAAUGGUGUCCUCAAUAGUUCUUCUUAUCAAGUUUCCACUCCUUCGUAUGUGCCACCUGGAAAGCCCUCAAAGCCACAAGACAAACUGUUUGGGGACCUAGUUGACCUUUCAAAAUUCAAAUCAGCAAAUGGUGCUCCUCGAAGUGCUGGUAGCACGUGACAGUGACUAGUUUUGCACCUUUUUUUUUCUUUUCUUCCGAUAUUAGCGUUCUAUUUGAUUCAUAAGCUUCUGUUGCUUCUUCUUCAUUUUCAAAUCUACACAUCAAUAUGCAUUUGAUGGUUCUUCACGAGAUGAUGAGAGUUGUGCACAUUUCUUGUAGAGAGAAUAAUUAGAUCGGGAAGAAAGAAACUCGAGGAACCUCUCGUUUUGCUACCUUGAAUAUGUAUAGGAUAUAUUCAUUUAUUAUUUUUUAGAAGAUUUUUUGAUAUGUUUAA